AUGUUUUUCAGAACGCCCAUUGUCCUUACGUUUUACACGUCACUGGCCGUCGCAGCAACGACAAGACAAACAUCUAACAAACACCUCGAAAGUUCUGGUAAUCCUCAAACAAUCGCUAUCAACUGGACAGAUGCAUCCGACGAUCUGGGCAUGCCCGGUUCGUACGGAACGCUGGCUGUUCCCCUCGACUAUAGUACGCCCCAGUCAGGAAACAAUACGCUCACUCUCAACAUUUUAAAAAUCGAUGCAACAAAAGAGCCGAAAUUGGGAAGCGUCUUGACCAAUUGGGGUGGUCCCGGCUUGGAUGCACAGUAUUGGCUUACCCAGCAGGCUCGUUAUGUCCUUGCUACGACUGGCGGGCAAUAUGACAUCAUUGGUGCUGACCCAAGAGGCACUGGAACGACGUUACCCGUCGACUGCUACAACGACUCCGAGGAGAGAACGCGUGCUUGGUUGCUAACACCUUCGAGCACUAAUUCAUCUGACGUUGCAUUGGGUGCUGUUUGGUCAUAUAGCGAACAGUACGCUGAACGCUGUUUCCAGAACGAAAAGGUGGCUGGAUCCAUGAUGAGCACAGCAUUCGUUGCCAGAGACUUCAUGAAAAUAGUCGAUGCUCUUACGUUGGAAGGCGAAGACGGUCUGCUGCGGUACUGGGGAAUAUCCUAUGGCACAUACCUCGGACAGGUACUCGCUGCUAUGUUUCCAGACAAGAUUGAACGAAUGAUGCUUGAUGGAGUUCUUAAUCCGCUUGAAUACCAACAAGGAUGGGAGACUGGUCCAUCUAUCUCUGCAUCAGUGAGCUUGAAAGAAUUCGCAAAGCAGUGCAUUGAUGCUGGACCCUUCUGUGCUCUGUUUCGUGCCAACCUCUCCGCAGAUGCAUUAUACACGCGAAUCCUGGACCUUAAAGAGAGUGCUAAGCACCUCCCCAUCGUCAUGGGUCCUAACGUCACGACCGAUAUCGCCACCUACGAGAAAAUUGCAGAGGCUAGUGAUACAGCGCUCCGUUCUGGUCUACUGUUGGGGCCUUACCUGGCUGGCUACCUCAACAGUAUCAUGAUUCACGAUACUCCCGAAUACGAUCACACCCAAUAUUUGGCGAACCGAUCGAUGAUCCUGCGGGACAGUACCUUCAAUGCAGACAGUACGCAGACCAUCCGUUGUUCCGACGCCAUGUUACGUGCUGAAGAGCUCGCCGAUAUCGAGCACCGCGUCCAAAAUCUAACAGAUUUGGGUGACUGGAACAGUGAUUACAUCAUAAGCUCCUACAUACUAUGUUCACGGUGGAAGAUUCAGGCAAAAGAACGCUAUGAGGGUGAUUUUGGAGCCAAGACUAGAAAUCCCGUACUGCUCAUCGGUUCGCCAUACGACGGCCGCACUCCAAUUUCUGGGGCGUUUGCAGCGAACAAAACUCUCGAAGGAAGUGUUGUACUACAACAUAAUGGUCUCGGGCAUACUGUCAUGUAUAGCCCGGGGAUAUGCGCGAUCUCUGCUAGCGCAGAUUAUUUCGUAAAUGGAACUAUGCCCGAAGAAGGCACUGUCUGUGAGCAAGACUUCAAUUCCUUCUCUGGGAAAAGCAUGUCUGAUACACUCGACUUACUUGGAGAGCUUUGA